GAGCUGCAGGUCUUAAAUCAUUCCAUGGCGCAAUAAAGUUAUCUGCGGAAAACGUAACUUUGAGUAAACAAAAGCUAUUUCAAGCUUUUAUUUUUAAAUUGAAAAUAUCGCGAAUUUCCUUUCUAUUUCAGCAUUUAUGAGAAAUUAAACUAAGAAUUUGGCUCAUCAUUGUUCAAAUGUCAACUAUAAGUGAUAGUUCCCAAGAAGCAUCUAAUGCUGCUAUAAGUACUUGUCUUACCCCAGUGUCAUCUCCAAAUAUUUUUAUAAAAAAUGAAAUUCCUGAUCUACAAAGAACUAAUUUGUUUGGCAACAGUCCUGAUAUACUCAAACCAAUCCCAUCUUCCACUGAGCAGAAGCGUCGAAGCUCUUCACGUUCAAUCAAACGAAAGAAAUUUGAUGAUGAAUUAGUUGAAAGCAGUCUGAUCAAAUCAAGUCGAGCCAGGCCUCAAAAUCCCUCAUUUCCCAUUUUCCCUCCUGCAGCAUCUUUAUCAUCGCCUAGUGUAGCUGCCUCUCCUAGCACAUCUAUUGCUAGUAAUCAGAUCCAGGCUGAAACUAACCAAAUCUUAUCUUUGGAAAAAAGAAAGUCAAGGCCUGCUCAGAAAAGAAAUAAGAAACCAAAGAGCAAUCAAGCACAUUUGAACAAGGAUAUUAGCCGUUGGAAACCAGUUGAUGAUUUAAUGUUAAUUCUGUCUGUGCAGCAGACAAAUGAUUUGGAAGCUGUGCACAGAGGCGUGAAAUUUUCUUCAAAAUUUACUCUUAGAGAUGUUCAAGAACGAUGGUAUGCACUUCUCUACAAUGUUUCUAUUUCUAAAGCUGCUCUGUUUGCUAUAAAACAGUUAAAUCCUGAAAUUAUAGCUCAAGUUCAAUCUAAAGUUUUAUUUAGUGCUGAAGAAGAGAAAUUAAUUGCUUCUGUUCCUUCAGAAAAAGUUACUAUAGAAACCUUUCAGGAGUUACUUGAUUCAAAUGCAUCAGUUUUUUUGCCUUCAAGAACUGCCAAAGUAUUACACAGCCACUGGGCUCUCAUGAAACAAUAUAAUCUUCUGCAAGAUCAAAAAGGCAAACAUCGAUUGCAAACAGAAGCUCCAACAACCUUCUCUGAUUUUGAAGAAUUGCUUGAUGAUUCAGAAUUGCAAGAUCUGAGAGAUUUAGCUGUUGAUGAAGAAAUUGCUGGAGUCCAUAGAAAACAUCUGCAAGAAAUUAAGCAGUUAGAAAAUGAAGUUCCAAAGUGGCAAGUACUUGUUGAUUCUGUAACAGGGGUUAGUCUUCCAGAAUUUGACAGCAAAACUUUGGCUGUCUUAAAAGGGCGAAUUGUCAGAUAUCUCAUUCAGUCACGUGAGGUAACGUUUGGUAGAUCAGCCAAAGAUAACCACGUUGAUAUUGAUCUUUCUUUGGAAGGACCGGCUUGGAAAAUUUCUCGAAGACAGGGAGUUAUUAAAAUGGACACAAAUGGAGAUUUUUAUUUAAUAAAUGAAGGAAAGAAACCUAUGUUUAUUGAUGGGAAGCCUGUACUUACUGGAAACAAAUAUAAACUUAGCAAUAAUUCUGUUAUUGAGUUGGCUGUUUUACGAUUUGUUUUCAUUGUGAAUCUUGAAGCCAUAGCAGCUCUCCGAUCAAAAGGACCUGUUUAACUUCAAAAUAAAUUACUGACUGUUAAAUUUCAUUGGUAUUGGAAUGAGCAGUGCGAACUUCAUCAUUCUUGAAGAUAUUUUUGUAUUAUAUAUGUAUAUAAAUAAAUAUCAUGAUUUUCAUUUUA